AUGAACAACCGCUCGUCUGCUGGCACCGCCGGCACUGCCGCUACGUCGGCCACCGCCGUCUCCUCCGGCUCCAUUCCAGGAACCCCCGCCUCAUCAUUUUCGCCCGUUCACCUGCCUAAAGUCGACCUGCCUCGGCCGCCCGACCCAGCUCUAGACCCGGCAGGCUACCUACGGAGUCUACCUGCCGUGCGCGAGCGGUCGCGUAUUAUCGGCGACAAGGCACUGCGAAACGAGCUCCAUCACUUUGACGUGGACAUGUCUAAAUUCCCCGAUGUUGUUCGCUUCGUCAGCCAAAUCAUCAAACGUGACUACGACGCACCCUACGCCUCUUCCAUACCGCCCCAUGGCCGGUAUCAGCAUUUCGCCGUGGGUGGCCGCGACCGGGUGGCCAUGCUGCUCAAGACAUUCCCACCAGAAAUCGACAACACCGAACGCUGUCGCCGCCUGAUCGACCUGUUUCUUGUCAGCGUGCUGCUCGAUGCCGGUGCUGGCACCGAGUGGCAAUACAAGAGCACAGAGAACGGCCGCUUUUACCGGCGGUCAGAAGGCCUAGCCGUGGCCAGCCUGGAGAUGUUCAAGGCCGGCUUGUUCUCGAGCAUGCCUUCGGCCAACAAGACCCAGGUCGACAUGGACGGUCUACGUUCGCUAACGGUCGACGACCUUGCCAAGGGUCUGCAGUCUCGGCCGGGCAACACAGUGGCAGGCCUAGAGGGCCGUGCCAGUCUACUGAUCCGCCUUGGUGAUGCGCUCGCCGCCAAUCCCGACGUCUUUGGUAUGGACGGCCGCCCAGGCAACAUGGUCGACUACCUACUGGCACAUCCGACGACGCAGGCGUCGUCCAUGCCCAUUGUGCUCCUACCCGUGUUGUGGAGCCUGCUGAUGGAUGGUUUGGCACCGAUCUGGCCCGACGCACGGACUGCCGUCAACGGCAUCUCGCUAGGUGACGCCUGGCCGUGCAGCACUAUGCCCCAGCCGUCCGGCGCCUCGUCACCCACAGCACCAAGGGGCCGCAAGUUGUCGAACCCUACGUUUUCGCCAUUCCCGUCGUCGGCCUCGUCGAACUCGGUUGGCUCGACUGAUGUCGCUGCCUGGGAGUCGAUUGUACCUUUCCACAAGCUGACGCAGUGGCUGACAUACUCGCUGAUGCAGCCCAUGCAGUCACAACUGAAGAUCCACUUUGCCGGCACCGAGCUGCUCACAGGCUUGCCCGAGUACCGCAACGGCGGCCUCUUUGUCGACCUGGGCGUGCUGACGUUGAAGCCCGCCGACGUCGAGCGCGGCCUAGCGCACUACCGGUCGUACUACGAGCGCACGGGCACCACAGGCGUCGAGGUUGCGCCCAUGUUUGAGCCCGGCGAUGAUGUCGUUGUCGAGUGGCGCGCCGUGACCGUCGGCUUCCUAGACCGCCUGGCCGUCGAGGUGAACAAGGCACUGCGGGCUGACCUGCAAGGCCACGAGCUGAGCCUUCCACAAAUUCUCGAAGCAGGCAGUUGGAAGGGUGGCCGUGAAAUCGCCGAGAUGUCCCGGCCGAAUACCAAGGAGCCACCGAUUCUGAUCGACUCCGACGGAACUGUCUUUUAG